AAAUGAAUUUAAAUUUCACGAUCGAUUACAAUUGAUUUUUGAUGGACUUAACAUUAAGUUGAUGUCGUAUAUUGCGAUUGUGUGGUGUGUACAUAUCUACUGUACAUUUAUAUUAUUGUAGCAACUGCAGAGAAAUUAUUAUAAUAUAUAAUACAAGUGACAUAUGUAAUAAUAAUGACAGCAAUUAAGCAAAAUACGAAACGUUCCAAAUGGGCUUUGGAUUUCGCUCACAAAAAUAAGCAAGAAAAGAAUGUGGAUAUUGCUUCACCACCAGGUUAUACACCUGCUAUUGCUUUAUUUCAUGCUGUCGAUUCAAUUAGGGAAUCAGAUUCCAAUCAUUUGAUAAUUAAGAAAUCAUGGGAUUUAGCCCUAGGUCCUCUUAAACAAGUUCCAAUGAAUUUAUUUAUAAUGUACAUGGCUGGUAAUUCUAUAUCAAUAUUUCCUAUUAUGAUGGUUGGUAUGUUGAUAAUUAGACCAGUGAAAGCAUUAUUUACCCUUCAGCAAACAUUCAAAGUAAUAGAAGGAACUCAUGCCUUUGGACAGAAGUUUGUAUACUUUUUGGGACAAUUGGUAAAUAUUGCAUUAGCAUUAUAUAAAUGUCAAUCAAUGGGAUUACUCCCAACACAUGCAUCUGAUUGGUUAGCGUUUGUAGAACCACAAGCACGGUUAGAAUAUUCUAGUGGUGGAUUUAUAUAUGUAUGACAUACAAUAUAAUUACUUAAAAAUAUAAUAUGUAUAUUUAAUAAAAAUAUUCAUUGUAAGUUUAGAUACAUCUUACUUUAUGUAUAAAUUAUAAA